AGGUUUUUGGGGAGGUUGUUACUGUUUCUGCAUACUGAGCACAUGGGCUGCGUUGUAUGGCUGGUGUUAGUGUAGUUCCUGUGCUGCUGACUGAAGAUCUGCCUCUGCCAUAGGUGGUGUGAAGUGGUGUAUGCCUGGUGCCUCCUUGAUGUCAGCUGGCACUUGAGGAUGCUUAGCACUUAUACAGUGCAGCACAUAUGCAUAUUGAGUCAUAAGUGGGAGGUUGUGGAGGCCAGGCACAUGUUGUGUUCUUGUGAUUCCGCUGUGGCUUUGGAGCAGGAGAACAAGUCAUUUGAUGGGUGUUUGUGCUUGAUAAUCUUUUGUCACUAAACUAAACAUCAGUCAUGAUUACGCAGGACUAUCUGGUGUUGCAAAUGCAUCUUUAACCCUGCAAGGUGCUUCUGCCCAAAGGCUCACUUCUGCUGAUUGGAAGGGACGUGACUUUUUUCCCCAGCACUUCGCGUUUGCUAGCAAAGAGCUACCAAGCACUUGCCAAAUUAUGUGCUGUAAAAUGUACCUUUUGUCAUCAACCUCUUGCAGAAUUACUUUUUCGAGAUCAAGGUUUGCUCUUCUCUGUGCCCCUUCAUUCAAGAGGAGCUUCUUGAAUAUUUGCCUGUUCUUUGAGUUAUGUCUUUAUGCUGCUCCGCUUUGAUAAGUGUUACUGACUUUCUUGCUCAUGAAUCCAGUGUGUCACAGCACUCUGGCUUUCAGGUCACUUGGAGUAAUAAUUUAUUUUGGACUUUCUUCAAAAUAAGAUGCCAGAGGUGCUUCCCAAGGAAUUUGUUUGGCAAGAUGGUGUUGCUCAGUUAGUCUGUGUCUAACAUUUGUGCAGCAGUGAAGUAAGGCAUUGUGCAUGUACGUUUUCAGAGUAACGAUGGACUAGCUCUUGCAUUGAUACUGUAUGUGUAUUGUGAGUGUAGCAGAAGUCAGUAACACCUGAAGGAGUUAAUGAUGAUGAGAGCGUUCAGGGCACAGGGCAGGUGAGCAGGUGAGCUGCAACGUGGUUAUCACUGGGGUUAUGGGGGAAUUUUCUUGCAUGUAAUUUACGUCCAGCAAGAUACAGUAGUAAUUGGCUGUUAGCUAUUUACAUUGAAGGAAAACAGCCAGGGGACCUAAAUGUCUAAAAUCUUUUUGAAUAGAGGGACCUUUCUUAGAGAGCUUGUUCUUACAGACUAAAAGAGUGUUCAUGUUGUUACAUUAUUGGUGAAGGUUAUGUUUCCUGGGUGAAAGUGAGCAGUCUUUUUCUUCCAGUUGCUGUUUGUGGUAAGUGGAAGUGGAGUCAUGUUCCAUGAUACGGACAUUAAGUGUUUCUUUAGAAGUCAUGUGGUCAUGUGUUGGCCACAGCUUGAAGAUGUAUCUGCCUAGACUUUCUGCUUACUGAUUUUAUGUGGGCAAAAUUACAUACCUAGGGAGAGAAAACUCAAGCAGGAAAAUAGCCCUUCUCCUUCGUGAUUUUUGCCCAUGGCAGUGGGGCUGGAACUAGAUCUUCAAGCUCCCUUCCAACCCAAACCAGUCUGUGAUUCUAUGAUUUGCAUUUGUAGGCAAGUCCUUAUAGCAAACUGAGUGAUCCCUCAGUGGCAGGACUGUUAAUUUCUUGUGACCUCUACAAAGUCCUUUCUGCCCCUCUGCCUUUUAGUUUGUUGCUCUGUGAUUUCCCUGUUGUUUCUGAAUCGCCUGCAGGCUCUAGAAUCCUUGUGGUAACCCUUUUUCCUACCAAAUUUGACCUCUGUUGAAGAAUUAGACUUUUGCCUUCUUCCAAGUUUUGCUGUGUGGGACUGUAUUGCUGCAUAUUGAAGGCUGAAAGAAAAUGAGUGCAUCCUGCAAGUUGCUAACAGAGAGCUGACUAGGCAGCCCAUCAUUCUGUUGAUGUCCAUCAGCGUAUUAGGUGUUUCUGCUUGGAUGAGAGACUACCUGAAUAAUGUUCUCACUUUAACUGCAGAAACAAGGGUGGAGGAGGCUGUCAUUUUGACUUACUUUCCUGUGGUCCACCCGGUCAUGAUUGCAGUCUGCUGUUUCCUCAUCAUGGUUGGAAUGCUGGGCUACUGUGGAACAGUGAAAAGUAAUCUGUUGCUCCUUGUUUGGUACUUUGGAAGCUUGCUUGUAAUAUUCUGUGUUGAACUGGCCUGUGGUGUUUGGACCUACGAGCAGGAAAUAACGGUUCCGGUGCAAUGGUCUGAUAUGAUCACACUGAAAGCCAGGAUGACCAAUUAUGGCCUACCUAGGUACCAGUGGCUGACCCAUGCUUGGAAUUUCUUCCAGAGGGAGUUUAAAUGUUGUGGGGUGGUGUACUUCACAGACUGGCUGGAAAUGACGGAGAUGGACUGGCCGCCUGACUCCUGUUGUGUCAGAGAGUUCCCAGGAUGCUCUAAGCAGGCACAUCAUGAGGAUCUCAGUGACCUUUAUCAGGAGGGAUGUGGUAAAAAAAUGUACACUUUUUUGAGGGGAACAAAGCAAUUGCAAGUGCUGAGAUUUCUAGGAAUCUCUAUUGGAGUAACACAGAUCUUGGCUAUGAUCCUCACGAUUACUUUGCUGUGGGCUCUGUACUAUGACAGAAGGGAUCCUGGAACACAUCAGAUCAUGGCCCUGAAGAGUGAUACCUCGCAGCAGCUGUCAUGUAAUUCUGUGGAGCUACUGACACCAAGCCUGACAAGGAUCUUUGAACAUACAUCCAUGGCAAACAGCUUUAAUACACAGUUCGAAAUGGAAGAGCUAUAGGUGAUGCAAUGAAUCUGUGAAGUCACAAAGUGUUUUAAUUGGGUUUUCUUGUUGUUACUUUGUUCCAUCAAGUAUGCCAGAUAUACCAGUCUUCAUGUGAAUCAGAAACAGCUGAUGAAUGGAAGUGAAGGAGGCCAGCAAAGAAAGGAUAACCCAGUCAGCCUCUUAGCCAUAGUCUCAGCCAUGAAGUAGAGUUGAAUGUGUUUGUUUUUUAAAAGGCACUCAUUCACUGGGCACAGUAAUGCUUAACUUAUUUUCACAAGCUGUGUGAUGUGUAAAACACUGAUUCACUCACAGGCAGAAAACCUCUAAGGAAGCAUCACAGCAAAGGAAGAGAAAUACUCAUCUUCAGAAGAAAUGACUGUUCUUUAGACUAACAAAAUGUGACUUCAGUUGAAAUUGACUUUUACAUUUUUAAUAAGCCAUUUUGAAAUGUCUUAAUCAGGGAUCUAUGUAUAUGUAAUUGUGUGGUUUUGUGCUGCGUGCAUGGGAAGCAGAACUGCAAGUCAAUACUUGGAUUUAAAAAUUCGCAAGAUUUGUAAAAAAGGGCAAGAUUUUCU